AUGCUGGAUAGUGACCUCGACGUCAUCACCUACUACGAAUUCAAGAAGCUUUCCUUCAAGCCCAAGGAACAUCCUAAUUUGGCAAAGGGCGCCAUAUGGGACCAGCUGCUGGAGCAGGGUGUGGUCCGCACUGGCAUCAUCCGAGGCAAGACUAGCAAGGAGAGGCCCGGUGCCUUCAUCCCCAAGUUCACAUUUAGUCGAAAACAUGGAGACGUCUGUCCACAGCCUCCCUUAGACAGUGUUCGGAUGUCAUUUGAGGAGGAGCACGACGUGGGCCUGGCCACAAGGAGGGGGAGACAGACCGCUGAGCAUGAGGAGAUCCGGGCGAAGUACCAGUCCAUCAUUCGCAAGCUCGAUGAUCACGAGCAGGUCAAGCCAUGUCCACCAAUGUCUGAUGAUCUGGUUGGACUUCUGAAUCGCCUGGUGACAGACAGAGCUAGUGUCUUACAGCAAAUGGGGCUUCACAUCGUCGAAGGCAAAGAAAUCAUCAACACUGUGCUCAAUGGCGGCAACCCACCCGCAAGUUUGAAGAGUCACGACAUCGUUCGAGGCUUGCAGCGGAUGUCGCAGUACUUCAGGUGGAUGGCUUGUAACCUGCUUCAUGACGACUACAUGUCACUGGCUGAAAACAAACAGAAAACCUUUCCGUCUUCUACAAUUAUGUCUCUCAUGUGGACCUCGGUUGAAGAUGUGAUUCUCCGAAGCUGGACCGAACAUGUGUUGCAGAACCCCAACAAGCCCGGACAUCUCUCGCUGCAUUUUGCUGGUAUUCGUGUUUCAGCGGAUCACAUGGGAGCAUCGCAAGAAGAUUAUAUCAAGGCGUGCCAAGAUGCCAUCUACAAGCACACUGGCUUCCAG